AUGGUAAAGAAGUUAAGGGCUUUUCAGAGGAUGAAAGAAUUGCAAGCUAGUGAGAAUGGGAAUAAGAUGCUUCGCCUUAGUGUGGAAGCUGGUGGAUGUUCUGGGUUUCAAUAUGCCUUUGCACUGGAUGAACUCUCAAAUAUUUCCAACGGUGAUGACAUGUCUGUCAUUGAAAAUCCAAGCGCUGUAGGCGGAUGCAGUUGUAAAAGUUCCUUCAUGGUGAAGCUGUAGUUCACUUCAAACUUCAUACAAUACUUGUAUUGGGUCAUGGAAUAUUCCGAUUCUUAUG